AUGGCGAGCUCGGCUAACUCGAACCCAGUGCCUAAACUGUACAAGACUGUGAUUGAAGAUGUGAUCAAUGAAGUGCGUGAGUUGUUCCUCGAUGAGGGUGUGGAUGAACAAGUGCUUCUGGAGCUAAAAACGCUAUGGGAAAGCAAACUGUUGCAGUCCAAGGCAGUGGAGGGCUUCCAUACAGAGGAACAGGCAGCCCUUCAGGCCGCACAGCAGCAGCAGCAACAGCCAUCACAGCAGCAAGUACAACAAGGCCAGCAGGUGACACAGCCAGCUCAGGCCCAGCAAGUCAUCCUGCCUCCCCAGCAGCAACAAGCACCCCAACAGCAAGUAAUUGUACCAGAUUCCAAGAUUCUCCAGCAUAUGACAACAACAGGGAUGAGUGCAGCUGCUACACAAGCAGCUCUGGCUCUGCCGACAGGGGUCACACCAUACCCACAGAUCAUCACCAGUUCGGGUCAGUUCGUGCAAGUUUUGCGUGCACCGAAUGGAGCUCAGUACUUCAUCCAGCAGCCAUCACAGCCCAUCCUACUGCAGCAGCAGAUGCAGCCUGGUUCAGUGCAGGCUCCAGUUAUACAACAGGUCUUGGCUCCUCUUCAAGGAGGCAUUCCUCAGCAAACAGGGGUCAUCAUCCAGCAGCCACAGCUCGUCUUAGCUCCUGGAAAUAAAGUCCAAGGCAGCACACAGGUUACGCAGGCUGCUGCUAUGGCACCUCAGCCAGGUCAGGCAGCACAGGUCCAGCAGGCCCAGGGUGCAGCAGUGCCACAGGCCCAGGUGCAGAGCCAGGCUCAGCAGGCGGCCCCUGGUCAAGCUCAGCCUCCCAUGAUGCUGCAGGUAGACGGCGCUGGCGACACAUCGUCAGAUGAAGACGAGGAUGAUGAAGAGGAGUAUGAUGAGGACAUGGAAGAGGAAAAAGAUAAGGACGGGGGAGAAGAUGGGCAGGUGGAAGAGGAGCCCCUGAAUAGUGGAGAUGAUGUGAGUGAUGAUGGGGAGGACCAGGAGCUGUUUGACACAGAGAAUGUAGUUGUGUGCCAGUAUGAUAAGAUCCACAGGAGUAAGAACAAAUGGAAAUUUCACCUGAAGGACGGGAUCAUGAAUCUGAACGGAAGAGAUUAUGUCUUCUCCAAAGCCAUCGGGGAUGCCGAAUGGUGA